GAAGCGCAAACAUUACAAUAAGAAGAAGCGGCAUAAAAUUGCAAGAAAAAAGGGACGCUUGAUUUUUAAAGAUUAUUUGUUAAGACAUUUUUUUUAUUGUAAAACUAUUGCAAAUGUUUAAAAAUCUUAAAAAUUAUAAAUUUAACUAAAAUAAUUUAUAGAUUGAAGAGAAAAUUAAAUAAAUAAAAACUUAAGUGGCUGGAAAAACAAAGAAAUUUACAAAAGAAAAAUUGGCAUAAUGUAAAACUAUGCAGUAAAUGGCAAUUGGAAAAAAAAUAUUUGUAAAGAACAACACAGACAAUAAGCACACAAAACAAUUAUAAUUAUUAGUAUUUAGCAAACGAAUUUACAAGAAUUUUUGUUAAAUUUAUUUGAACAAAAAUGGAAAUUGUGGUAUUUAAUAGUGAUAUAGCUCGUUUAGUGUUGGACUAUUUGAAGUCUCAAAAAUUGAAGAAGGCUACUCACACGUUUUGCAAGACUUCACCAUAUUUGAAACAUGAGUUCUCGGCUUACAAACAAGGAUUGCAAAGAUAUUCAUUUUUUCCCGAACUAGAAGAAAUUAUUUGCGAAUAUGCGAAAAUAUCGCUUAAAGUUGAGCAAUUGCUGCCCAAACUGACAAACGCUUUACGUUCCCAGCUACAACAAAGCAAGUUAUCGGAAAAAGUAAAUGAGCUAUUAGAACGAGGCUCUCAGGCUAUAUUCGCCUCUAAUCUGAAUGCCAACAAAACUGACCUCAAAAGUAGUGCUUCCACUGUGGCUGUCUCACAAGGCCAUAACACUGAAGCUGAUGAAAAAGAGCCUAGUCAGGCCAAACGUAAAAGAAGUUUUGAAACUUCCAAUAAUAAUUCGUCGAAUGAGGAAGUUGUUACGGAUAGUAAUACAAAUAAACGACACAAGUUGACAGCAGCUCGUUUAAGUCACUACUCGAAAAAGAGACGUGUCCUUCAACCAUAUUGCUUUUUAAGCUCCAAGGCUUUGCAACGCUACAAACGACGCUACCACUCAAAAGUAUCCGCCUCAACAAUGGAUGAAGAUGUGGAGGAAGAGGAAGAAAUUGAAGAUGAUUCUGAAUGUAGUACCGAAGAGGGAGACGACGACGCUAGUGCAUGCGAGGAUGAGUUGAAUGAUAAUGAAAACUGUGAUGAUGAAGAAUUAUUCAAUGGAGAAAAGCCGACUAAAGAAUCAACACCUCGAAAUAAGUCGAAUAAAAAGGUCGAACCCAAUUUGGCUCCUCCAAUUUUACCGGAUAUUUCUCAAGCCAUAUUGGACAAUCCAGAAUUUCAACAAAAAUUAGUAGAAAAUAUUAAUCAAGCUUUAAAUAAGUCUACAGGCUCUACUUGUACAUCAACAAACAACCGCUUAAAUACUAAUCAAACAGAAAAUAUAACUAAUCCACCUUUAGGUGGAAUACCACCAGUGACGGGCGAAGAAAUUACCUCAAGUCAACUUUUAGAUCAAAUGAUAAAAAAUAUAUUAGAUGCUACAGAAAAGGAGCCCAGUUUUAAUGACAUCAUACAAGAUGUGGUAGAGGCAGCAAAUAAACCUCAAACACAAUCGGCUGCAAUGCAAUGCAAUAUAAAUACUACAAAUUUUGCAUCAGUGAGUAAUGUACCCUUUUAUACUGCCACAGAACCACUAUCCCUAAUGUCGGCACAACCUACAACACAGCUACAGCUAUUUCCAGCGCCAUCAUCACCAACAUCGCAAACAGGAACAAUAAUGACAACCAGGAAUAUGCUGUCUAUAACUUCAACGAGUGUACCGCCACCACGUACUCCUGUUAUAAUAAGAUCCACGGCAGGUGUAGGUGGGGUAAAUACUUCGGUGACGUCUGUUGCAGCAGGUUUAAGUGCUCAAGAUCCAUCCUCAAUAUUGACCAGUAAUUCAUUUGGAUCGUUGAUCGAUCCCAAUUAUUCCAUCUCCAAAUUGAUUGUCUUAAGCUCGAAUGACAGUGCUCAAAAACAGAAUUCGGAUAAUUGCAUAGGUAAUAACACGGCCGACAACAUAAUUAGUCAAUUAUCCACUAGUGGUGUCGUUGAACCCAAUGACGAGCAAGUCUACUUUGACACUUCUACCGGUCAGUUAACAUUUCCGGUUUACCUAACCAAUGAUGGCUUAUUGGCCAAUUUGCCAUUUCUAAUUAAUAACGAAAUCGUUAGUCAACAAUUGCAAACCAAUUGCCAGGGAAACAUAGAUGGCUCUCGUCUUGAAAUUCCUCUAAGCGAACCGAUAGUGGUAAGCGCCAAUCAGUUGCCACCCAACUCCAUUAUUUUAAGUAGUGCUAUAAAGGAAGCUGUAGCAGAAAAUCCCGAAACAGUUGAAAAAGCCACAACAGAAGCUGAAGUAAAGCACUGUAGUACUCUGCCACCAACAUCUUCGGACAAUCGUUUGUUGUAUGACAAAGCCACUCCUUCAUCUAGUGGCAUUGUUAAUACCAAAGCCUUUAAAAGUUUGUCUACACCACGCAAACGUACUUCUCAUGUUCGAACACUAACAUUUUCGCCCAGAGAUCCCCACUCUUUGGCUAAUGCGGGCAACACGCCCUUGUCUACCAGGAGGGAAGCAAUUAGUCGUUUCCAAAAGUCUUUGCCAAAAGUUAUGCCUGAAGAAGACAAAAUUAAAACUGAAGAUAGUGUAAGCAAAGUUGAAGAAAAAGAAAUUAAUACUUCGGAAAAGGCUGUAAUAAAAACUGUAGAAAUUCUGCCUACCAUAGCAAGUUCAACGACGGCUACUACAAGCGAAUCCCUUGCAGAGAACUCAAAUGUCUCUGCAAAUGAGACUAGUAACAUACCACCACUUUUUGUCAGCGAGGAAAGUAGUAAUCAAACUAUAAUAAAUAAACAUGUACCAAACUCUAAAGACCUAUCGAAAGAACCUUUAAAACCCAAAUCAUUAACCAAUUUCACAAAAUCACACACGACAGCUGCGCAAAAUACACCAAAACGCAAGCAAUUUAGAAAAACAGCGGUUAGAUCUUGCAAGAGACAGCUUUCAAAGUCUUCAAAUGAAGAUGAAUUGUUAGAGGAAAAAGCUGAAAAAGAGAACGAAAAAACUACAGAAUCGCCACCACAAGCUGACGGAAAGCCUCCUAAAGAUAACAUGAUGCAAGAAUGGAUACGAUUGCGCAAUUCAUCCUCGGUUGAUUUGGAUGUACGACUGCGUGAGAUCAAUGCAUCGACACAGUCCAAACAAGUGAAGAAAGUUAAUACCAAAAAGAGGGUAAGGCGUAAAAAGCCGGCUGCUAUUAAGAAAAAAGAAAAAGAAUUGGCUAAAGAAGCUGAAGAAUUGGAAAGAUCUCGAGAACUAAAUAAUGAUUCACAAGAACAGCAGAUGGAUGAGCAUACCAUAUCCUUAGAGGGAAAACAGGACGACCAAACUUAUAAUGAGAACAAAGUAGAUGGAGAAAAUGGAAUUAAGGCUGCAAAUACACCCAUAGUUGAUAAUGUUAACCAGCCUUUGGCUGAGGAGAAAGCCAAAAUUCCCUCUGUACAAAAUGGUAAUGAUAAAAUCUUAGAGAAAACAUCAAAACCAGAUAAAAAAUCCAAAGAGAAACAAAAGAAAAGUGAAGAACCUCUAAAACAAGUUGAAAACCCCGUUGAAAAUGCCGUGGUACCAACUAUUCAGUGCCAAGAUUCGGCUGAUGUUCCUCACACUAUACCACCCCAUGUCAACGAAGCCCUGGAACGUGAAAAAAGAACUACGAAUAUUGCUUUUCUUUUAGAGACGCCUUUCAAAGAUCCCAAUCUUGCCUCUUGUAUUCCCCCUACCCCGGGUAUUUUUGCUCCCACUCUAGAGACACCUUCCAGUAAACUAAAUGAUCCUCACGAUGACAUGCAAGCUUCAGCUUCCUUUUUGUUUGGUUCUAUUACAAAAAGCGAAUUAGAUACUCCUCUAAUGAGUGCCAUAACACCGGGCUUUCGUUUUACACCGUUUGGUAUGAAAGAUAUUGGCACUCCGAGGAGUAUUCCUGGCACGGACUACUCCUCGGGAGGAGGUUCCUACUAUAAACCGGAUGAAAGUGAAGAUUUGGAUCGUAAUAUUGAUAAAAUGUUAAGGAAUUCAGCGCAAAAGAAGAUCGACCCAGAAGAAGCAAAUGACACCGAUAAUGUGCAACAGGAAGAACGAGAAGAAGGUGAAAUUGUUGGAGAACAAGUUGAAGAACCAGGUAGUGAGGAAGUUGAAAAAAUUGAAAUAGAAAUUCCAACUGAAAAGCUUAAAGUGGAGCCUAUUGUCUUGAAAAGAGUAAAAUCUUUCGGUACCGAAGCUGUUGAUUGUAUGGAAACUGCUAAAAUAGAUCCACAUUACACUUUGGUGUCGGGAUUACCCGAAAUUUCCGCUGCAGAAGAAGAGUGCUCAUCAUCUUCCUCGUCCUCAUCAGGAUCCUCAUCAUCAUCAAAGUCUUCCUCAUCUUCUUCAUCUUCCUCCUCAUCAUCGUCUUCGUCAUCCUCAUCAAGCUCAAACGAUUCGGUAAAAUCAAAAACAGUCAUAGAAGCGGCAGAAGCAAAUAAGAAUGUCAAUAUAAACGAUUUGGAAAAUUUAUCUGAAAUAUCCAGCACUGAAGAUGAAGAAUGGCAAAAACUAGCCGUUACCGAUAACGAUGAAAAUUCUCAACUUGUCAGCAAUGAUGGUGAAGUCCGUUACCCGGUGAGAAGUUGGCUAACGCCCAUCAAAGAGAACAUGAUUAUUGAAACAAACACAUUUGCCGCAACUGAACUUACUCAAGCCACAAUGUCCGCGGCCAAGCCAGCCACAAUAAAAGUAACGCUGCCCUUGAAAUCUGCGGAGAAAAGAAAUAGACAAGUUAAAGAGCUGGAACUGAAGAAAGAACGCAUGAAGGAGAAACUCAAAAAUGAUGCUACAACAACAACGAAAAAGGAAAAACCCGCAACUACUACCACAGCAGCUCCCAAUAUAUCAGCUGCUUUAGCAGCAUCACGUAUGUUACAUGCAAUGCGCGAUAAAGGCAAGAAACCAGCGUGUUUCCAAAACCAAAAUUCCACAGAAACUCCAAAUGUUGAUAUGCCACAAGCGGCACAAGAUAAGCGUUCCAUAGAUGUUCUAACAGCGUUAAAUUUAUCGGCCAAAAAACACUUACCAAAAACUCCCGAAAAUCCACAAAAACCACCACCACGUACAUCACUAGGCGAUGACAAUGCCAUGGCAAUCUCACCAGAAAAUCUAAAAGGAAAAUCUAAACUAAAUACUUCACCCUCAACCUCAAGUAAAACACCACAACGCAAAUGUUUACCCAUAGAAGCCAGACCGGUUACCAGAACUAUACGAAAGACAGGCAAGAAAAUUGUACGAACUCCUUUGGCUUUCAAAGUCAUACAUUCUCCUGGCAAGAUAAACUCACACAGCACUACGACAACUUUGGCAGAAUUCGCUGCCAGCAAAACACUUAAUAAAAGUAAAGAAACCACAGUUCCUUUUAUACAACAAACCCUUAGAGUUUCGCCACGUCUCAUGAAACCCACAAAACUAAGAGGCAAGAAACCAGCCGAAUCUCCCGCGCAAAAAACUAAAACUAACACAAGGAAUGCUAAAGCAAAGGCUGCAGCAGCUGCAAAGCCCAAAGUAACACGUUCGCGAAAUAAUAAAAAGAAAGAGCUAACUAAGGCACCUUUAGAAAAAGAAAUGAAAGAGCUUUUAGAAGACUGGAAAGAGGAAUCGUUAGAAAAUAGGAAUGACGAAGAAUUUGAAGAUGAGACUGAGGAUAAAUCAGCUGCGUCAAUAAAACCCAAGAUACACUUAAAGGCCAGAAAUGCAAUGACUUCGAAUAAACCUAAAGCAGUAGCGAAAAAUGAAGAACUUAGCCCAACCUGCAAAGUGGAAGGAACAAAGAAAGCUGAAAACAACGUAUUAGCCGAAGAAGUACAAAUUAAACAGCAACAUGUUGUACCAACAGAGCCUAAGGAAAAUUAUGUAGCACCGCAACCAAUUAAUGACGAAACUCCACCAAUAGCAAUGACGCCAGCUACAGCUAGAACAGAGGAGGACAAUUGUUUUGAUGAUGAUGAUGAUCCGUUAGAAGAUUGUGAAAUCACUACCAUCGAUGAAACCGAUACAAAAAGAUUUAUUACUUGCAGCUACAAUGGCCCAGAUGGACCGCCUGCAAUUCCUUCACAACCCCAUGAUUUUUCCAAUUUUCAAAUGGUCGUGGCUAUUGACGAAAACGAAAAGCAUAUAUGGCGCAUUACCGAGGGAAUUUGCUUAUUUAGUUGUGUGCCCACCAGUUUGCCUAAAACUGCACCCCAAGCAACAAUACCUAAAAAACGUAAAAUACGCGCAACAACAGUAACCACUGUAAUGUCUGCGAAGACUCCCGUUACGUCUAAUACCAAAAUAGCAGCUUUAAAAUCAUUUACCACCAACAACCCAGUUGCUACUUCAACACCAGUGGCAAUUCAUGGAUCUAAUAGUAGAACGAUGGCGGAAAAUGGCAAAACAAGCUCUAUAAAUGAAGCGGCAGGAGGAGGCUCUAAAUCCAAGACAACAACAAAAACACAACCAGUUGAAGCGGUUAAGAAAUCUCUACCAGAUACAAAUAAUGAAACUCCAAAAAUACAAAUUGAAGAUAUCGAAUCGAUAUUAUCACAUCUGCAUGGCACUUAAAAACGUUGAAAAUUUAUAAACAAAAUAUAGUGCAAUGUUGACCUAAAUAAAAAUACAUAUAUAAAAUUGCACGAGUAUAAAUACAUUAUUUAACUACAUUCUACUAAUAUCAACAAAUAUAUACAGUUGUAUAGUUAUACAUACAUACAUAAAUACUUAAAAAUAUCUAGUUAUAACUAAUAAUCGUAAUCUGCUUUUACUACAUAAUUAUCUAUGUAAAUUUUUUAAAACUGUACGCCUGUUAUUUUUUUAAAGAAAUUUUCGUCUUAAGAAUUUAUUUUGUUGCAGCAGAAACCCUCAAAUAUCAUACAAUAUUAAAUUUCACAUUCGUUGCUAAAUACUUGCGAAAUAUAAAAGUAUUUAGAAUUCGUUUUUGAAGAAUAAAAUAACACGAUCGAAAUAUGUUUCUUGAACGCAAACACUUUUAGAUUCGGUGUUUUAAACUUUCGUUAUUCAUUAUAUUUGUUAAAUUGCUUUUUAAACACUUGAUUUCAUUAUUUAAAAAUAUCUUAAAUAUAUAGUAUAUAAAAAUUAAUUUUAAUAUUCACUAUAAUUGAUUUAUCAUUAAAGAGAAAUUGUUUGUGUAAAGUAUUUGUAAAAAAAUAUUCUUAAUAAAGAAAAUAUUAAUUGAAUAAGAA